GGGGGGGGUCUGGUGUGUGAGAGAGCUUGCACACAACGUUCCGCAGGCCGUGUCUCGGAGGUGGGUGAAGAUGGGCACACCGGCGUUGCCUGAUCUCGGACAGCAUUGCUCCAGGGUCGACUGCCACCAGCUUGACUUCCUGCCCUUCACCUGCGACGCCUGUCACAAGGUCUUUUGUUUAGAGCACCGUCAAUACAAAAGCCACAAUUGUCCCAAUACAAAGGACCACGAUGUGACAGUUAUAGUGUGUCCCGUGUGUCACAAAUCCAUCCGCACUGUGGCUAACGAAGAUGAGAAUGUUACGUGGGAUCGCCACGUUCGGACAAACUGCGACCCAAGUAACUAUGAAAAGGCCACCAAGAAACCUAGAUGUCCUGUUCGAGGGUGCAAAGAGAUCCUUGUCUUCUCCAACAAAGUGUUGUGCAAUGACUGCAAGAGAGAGGUGUGUUUGAAGCACCGGUUUGGCUUGGAUCAUGGGUGUGAAGACUUUAGAAAAGCUAAUAGAAGUAAUUGGGGCAUUAGUGAUUAUGGGAACAUGUUCAUGAAGAGUUUCAAGGAGAGAAAAGCGCCUGUAGUGCAAUCAAAUGGCAAUUCAAAACUGCCUGCCAAUGGAGCAUCGUCUGUUCAAUCAGGGUCAAUAAAAGGGGCUUUUUCAGGCCUGUUCUCUUCUGUAGAGGCAGGAAUAAACAAAUUGGGACUGGCGACUUCAAGCUCAGGAACGAGCCAUGGGAAUGCAGUAGGAAGACAAACGCCGUCUGAGCCUCUGAAGGGAUCAAGUGGUCAGGCAUCGAAAACAGAGGAAUGUCCACAGUGUCGGGCCCGGUUCGCUAAUGUGGCACAGCUAAUAAAACAUGUCGAGACAAUGCACGACACUCCUAAUCAAGAAAUGCUGGAUGAGUGCCCUAAAUGUGGCCGGAAGUUUAGAGAUCCUAUUCAGUUAGUCAACCAUGUGGAGAGGGAUCAUGGUGGUAGCUCUUCAUGACAUGGCGAUGAUUUUUUUUUCCCUUUUUUAUUUUUUUAUUUUUUUAUUUUUUUAAUCUAGAUUCAAGAGUUGUUAGGGUUCCCAUGUUGAGGUUUUCAUUUCUUGCAGGUUUUAUUCUUCAUUUCAAUUCACUGUAGCCACGAAGUGAUUCGAUCAGGUAUUACAAAAAUAACCUAACGGAUUUAUUUGUUUGUUGUUGUUCUCGCCCAUAUCACAAAUCCCAACUUUACCAUACGUUUUUUUUGCUUUUCUUGAUGGUUAUUUUAGGCUAUAGUAGUGUUCUCUAUACAACCACUUUGGCCAGCCUAAGUUUACUAGCACGCAGGUAAAAUCAGGGUGUCCUUUCGAAAAGCUACAGUCUUCAAAAAUCUGAUUGUCAAUCAUACAAGGACAAUGAAAUGCCUGUUGUCAA